AUGAUAUUAUCGGUAUAUGUAUAUAAUUUUUCUUUAUAAUCAUAAUUAUAAUUGAAUUAUUCUAUAAUAAAUCGUAAUAAUAGAGAUUUAUAAUAUGUAUCGGCACAAAUCACAUUAAAUGUGUCAUCAAUUAUUAAAACGAUGUUUGUGAAAAGUUACGCUUCUCAAAAUUAUGAUCUCUAACAAACGAUGCGUAAACAAUGAAUACGAAUAAAAAAUCGAAACAAUGGCGGCAAAUAUAUCUGAUGAAUUUGACAGCGUUAAUUGUCAACGUAGUUCAUUGGCAGUCAAUCUAAGUUGUGUCUCAAAUUUAACAGACUCUGGCAAUGGAUCACUUAGACAUAUAGAUGUCGGAUAUAAUAAUAGUACGUCAACUAGAAUUAACUAUGAUAGAAAUUCGAAAAAUGGUAAACUGCAUAAAAGUGAACGAACAAUCAUCGAUGGUGAAUGUACAUCCGAUCAGAUAUAUCCUAUAAAAGAUGUGCGAAUACUUCUAGAGAAAAUCAGUAACGAAGAUAUAAUGUUGAACAAAGAUUGUGAAAGGUUGAAAGAAGCUAUUUUGACAAAGACUAAACAAGUCUUUGAUACACAAAAUGUGUUAUCUGUUAAGACACAAAAGAUUUUAAAGACUAAACACGAUCGGUCAGAUGUAACUGCAGAAGCAUCUGCAAUAUCAAAUAAAAUUAAUCAAAAAAAGAAACAAUACAAUGCAAACCAAACUAUUAAUAACGCACCAAAAGAGAAACAUGAAAAUAAAAACACAGAUGAACAGAGAAAACAAUUCAAAUUGAAGAAAAGGCGAUUGUUUGAUAUAAAUAAAUCCUUGAGCAAUACGAAAACAAGCAGUAAUAAUGUUAAUUUAAAAUGUAAUUCUUCGAAAUUGUAUUUGUCACAAAUAGAAAAUAAUAAUGAUGAGAGUAGCAUUGUGUUAGCUGGAAGCAACAAAAAAUCUGAUACUUUAAAUUUGUUUUCAAAUAAAUCACGUAAAUUAAUUGUUCCGAGCGAAACAAAAAAACAUAGAAUUAUUGAUUCUGUUUCUUGUAAAGAUCGAUCUGUGUCUCCUUCAAGUAUUUCAGAAGAUGAAAAUACAUUUAUGGCAGUGCCAAUCUGCUGUUCUACAAUGAUAAAUGAUCAAGCAUUAGACACACAGAAUGAACGUUCUCAAAGUGUACAUGAUUCGUCUACUUCUUUAGAUGAUAAUACCAAAAAAAGUACAGUCCCUAUGGAAAUAACUUGUCUGUUUGAGAAGUUAAACAAUGAACAACAAUCUUUAGAACAAGUAGUCAAAAAUAUCACUGGUAAUCUUUCCCAGCAAAAAUUAUUGGGAAAUGACCAUGCUCCUGUUUCUUUGGUACAUGCAACUGUGAAAGUUCCUGAACCAUUGUAUGAAAAUUCUAUAAAUUUAAGAAAAUCUGUUUUAUAUAAUAACGUCGAUGAACAAUGUACUGAUAUACAUUAUAACGAUCAAAGUAUAGAGACAAUUGCAGGCAGUAGUGCAAAUACAAUACAGACUUCUUUGAAUGUGAACACAUCGGUUGAUGCACAGAAGAAAUAUAACAACAACAAAGAUAAGUCUAAACAAAAAAGCUGUAGAGAAAGAAAAUAUAAUAAAGGUGUUGAACACAGAGAAGGAAAAGAUAUAGAUUCCUCAGUCUCUGAAAAAACACAGGAAAGCAUAAAUACAAAUUGUACUUCGUUGGAAAUGAAUACAUCUUUGGAUACAUUGAAUAGAUUACAUUUAACAAAUAAUAAUAGCAAAAGAAGAUCGUUGGUAUUAGAUGGUAUGGCAAACAAAAACACAGAUAGAGAUGAAAAUAGUACUAACACCGUUAAUGUACCUAAGAUGAAAGAUAGACUUGAAAAUAAAACUCCAGAUAGUCGAAGCUACAUAGAAAGUACUCCUUAUCCAAAACGUCAUCCUGUUUUAUUCAAAUCACAAUUCAUACAAGACAUUAAUAAUUAUCAUAAUGAUAAAAAUGAAUCGAGAGAUCCUACUAAAACAAAUUUUCCUAAAAAUAAAUCACAUUUAUCGCUAAAAAAUGUGUCUACGGAAUAUACAAAUUCAUGUUACGAACAAGAAAAAAUGGAAAAUGAGACAAUUAUUCGUAAUAAUUCAUCAGUUACACGAGAAUCGACCAACGAGAGUGAAUCAGAGAAAAAUGAAAAUAGAGAAAAUCCAACAGUACUUCCUGUUAAAAGGAAAUUUAAAAAGAAACUAUUACCUCUUCGUGAAUGUUCGCAAUUAUUAUCAUUUUCCCCAGUGGACGGAGACAUUUUUCCACCUAAGGAACCUACACAUAUAAAAAAACGUAAGAAGUUGAAAAAAGAACAUAUAAAAAAUAUAGUUAAUUUAAGAAACAAUGAAAUUAAUAUGAAUCACAUUGAAAGAAACAAUAACGAAGAAUCACUAUUAGAUAAUGAUUGUACAUUUUCUAAUAAAAAGAAGCCAAGAAAGAUUAUUAGUAAAAAAAUUACCAUUAAAAAAAUUGUCGAUGAAGAUAUUCUAAGGAGAUUACAAAAAAACAGAGAAAAAACAGUUAAAACACGUACUUGUAUUUCAAAUAGGAAUUCGUUAAAUGAUUUUGAAGUUACUACUGGGCUGUCUACUGCAAUAUUUACAAAAAGAAAAGUACAGACAAUAAAUAUUGUUGCAACAGGUCUAUCAAAUGACGAUAAGAAUAUGAUUAGGAGCGUUAUUAAAGCUCUUGGUUGUGCAAAGCUUGAAUUAAAUGUCACAAAACGGACAACACACGUUGUAACCACGGGGGUGCGUACGAUAAAUCUGCUACAUGGAAUUAUACGAGGCUGUUGGCUCGUUAAACUAGAAUGGGUCUUAAAAUCUUUAGAAAGCAAUAGAUGGUUAAAUCCAGGAGAGUAUGAAAUGACACAUUUUUCGAAAGCAGCGCUGGAAAAUCGUAAAGACAGACAAUUAUUUGGAAGGUCCUAUGUUCCUGAAUUGUUUGCUGCUUGUGGUUACAUACACAUCGAAAACGAUACAAUUCCUCCCUGUAAUGUGUUGAAAGAUCUAAUAAAAGCUGCAGGUGGUCGUAUUAUUGAAAAUCCAGAAACAGCAAAAAUUGUUAUUGGCACGCAAGGUUUAAAAGAAGCUUGGAUCUUAGAUUGUAUUACGACCGGUGAAUUACAACCAUACACCCAAUACCAACAAUGUCAGAGUAGAUACAAAAAAUGA